AUGUUGCAGUGGCCUCUACUCAGCACCCUUGUCUGGAACCCUGGCUCUUUCCUGCUCAUUCUGGUCCUCCUGCUUAGACUAUAUGUGUGGCUCUGGCAUAAGUAUUGUCUUUGGGACCUCCAGCAGUGCUCCACAGACUUGACUGGGAAGACAGCAGUGGUGACUGGAGCCAACAGUGGUAUUGGGAAAGCUGUGUCCCAGGAGCUGGCUAGCCGUGGGGCCCGGGUAAUCCUUGCCUGCCGUAACUGGAAACGUGGACAGCAAGCCCUAGCUGAGAUCCAAGUAGCCUCAAAGAACAACUGCCUCCUGCUUGGCCAGGUGAACUUGAGCUCUAUGGCCUCCAUCCGUAGCUUUUCCCGGUGGCUUCUGCAGAAGUGUCCUGAGAUUCAUCUGCUGGUUAACAAUGCUGGAAUCUGCGGAGUCCCCAAGACACUUACCCCAGAGGGUCUUGAUCUCACCUUUGCCACCAACUAUGUUGGGCCCUUUCUGCUUACAAAUCUACUCCGAGGGGCCCUACAGCGGGCAGGGUCAGCCCGGGUAGUAAAUGUGUCUUCCUUUCGGCAUGCACAUGGGUAUUUUGAUGAGGAGCAUCUGACAGGAGCUGGUAAACCCUUGAACUUUAACCAGAAUUACGACUGCAGCAAACUACUCUUGACCUCCUUCACUGGGGAGCUUGCCCGGAGACUUCAAGGGACAGGUGUGACUGUGAACUCUGUGGACCCAGGUAUAGUGUACACAGAGAUCAUGAAGCAUUUUUCUUGGUUUUACCGCUUCCUCUUCUGGCUCUUCACCGCCUUCUGCAAGAAUUCCAGACAAGGUGCAAUCCCAGUCCUCUACCUGAGCUUAGCAAAAGAGCUGAAUGGCAUUUCUGGAAAAUAUUUUAGCAGUUCCUGUAUAAUAACUCUUCCAGCAAAAGCUGCUCAGGAUCCUCAAGUGGCCCAAAGGCUCUGGAAUGCCUCGGUCCACAUAACAAACCUAGACAAGAUGGACUGAUCCCCUGUGCCCCCUUGCAAUCCUCACUGAUUACCAGCCCUUACUCUGAUCGUCUGUUGGCUCCAAGUAUCAAUCACCUUGUCUAGUAUAGUGAUUACUUCCUCUUCCUGUUGGCUUAGUGGCAUGAGAGCUCAGAUUAGCUAGGGGACAGUUUUAGCCUCUAAUUUACUGCCAGUUCUCUAAUGGAAGUAUUCAUCCCUUGGGUACUGGGAUCUCCAAAUCUACAGAAUCCCAUGUUGUGGUGACUGGGAGCAAAACUCCUUCCAGUGGGGAUUAGGGGUCCUGGUAAGAAGGGAAACUUCCACCUGUACCUCUUAAUUUCUGCAUAUAUACUUCCUGACUUUGGGGGAGACAGCACCACUGUGUGGUGCCCUCUUGAUUAAAGCAUAUACCACCUGUAUAUGCUGUAGGAUAGCAGUCUGACUUUGCAGAGUGUUGUCUCAACUGAUACUGUAACUGAGCCUGCAGAUGAUUAUUCCACAUUUCCAUCAAACCAGCUGCUCCUGGGUGAUGAGCCAAGCAUUAAGAUCCAUGAAUUGUGGUGGUGGGAGCCCAUUGCUUUUUUCAUUGGGUUUUGGUUCAUCUAUGUAAAUUUUGGAAUCAGCUCUUUAAAUUUCACACACACAAGAAUACUUUUUGUGGCUGUAUUCCAUCUACUUGGGAGGAUUGAUAUUUUUAUGAUAUCCAGUUUUCCUAACCUUGAACAAGUAUACUCCUAUUCAUUUAACUCUUCUUAAUAUCUUUACCAAAUUUUCAAUAAUUUUGUAAAUGAAGAUCUUGUACCAGCUUUACUAUAUUUUAUUCAGGUAACUUAAUUUUGAUGCUAUUGUAAAUGGGGCUUUAACCUUGGUGUGCUGAUUGUCUAUCAAACAAUUUCGAUAAGUUGUCAGAUUUUAAUGUGGUAUCUGUAGGUGCUUUUGGUUUUUCUACAUAGAAAAUCAUUCCAUCUAGGAAAAAUAAGUUUUACUCUUUCCCUUUCAAGUAUUCUAACUUUUGUUUCUUUUUCUAGGAGUCCCUUAUAGAUUUUCCAGUAUUAAACCAACCUUGCAUUUCUGAAGUAGACCCA